AUGAGUAUAGCUGAGAAUAUUGAAUUGAACAGCAGAACUGCUGCUGAACCAACGAUCAUCGAACCAAUUGAUGACUUCAAUGAAAUUGAACCAACAGCUGAAGAAAUGUCAACAUUGGAACAUAUUUCUGAUCAAAUACCAUUAGCAGCCUGGCUGAUUGUCAUUUGCGAAUUGUGCGAACGUUUCGCCUUUUAUGGACUCUCUGGUCUCUUUCAAAAUUACAUUCAAUUUCCAAAACCUACCGGCAAUGAUACACAACCAGGUGCUCUCAAUCGUGGACAGCAGACUGCCACUGCAUUGACAAUGUUUUUUCGAUUCUUUGCUUAUAUCACGCCGAUCAUUGGUGCCAUUCUAGCCGAUCAAUUGUGGGGCAAAUACAAGACUAUUAUUGUAUCAUGUGUAAUCUAUAUGAUUGGUCUUAUUGUGCUGCUCCUGACUAGUAUACCGCCAUCUAUUGAUAAAGGCGUCGCUUUUCCUGGUUUAAUCGUAGCAAUGAUCAUUAUAGGUUUCGGUACUGGUGGUGUGAAGAGUAAUGUGAGUCCAUUGAUGGCUGAGCAAUAUUCUAGAACGAAACCGAUUGUCAAAGUAAUCAAUGGCAAACAGAAAAUUAUCGAUCCAAACGUAACGAUGCAAUCGAUGUUCAAUUGGUUCUAUUGGGCGAUUAAUAUAGGCGCGCUCUCAUUGGUCGCCACUACCAAUAUUGAAAAGUAUCAUACAUUUUGGCUUGCCUAUCUUAUACCCACGGUCGUAUUUGUUGGUGCCAUCAUCGUCUUGAUCAUCGGUCGUGAUCGAUACGUACAAAAACCUCCAUCUGGUUCAUUGCUCAUUCGUGCUGCUCGUGUAACAGGGACCGCCAUCCAAAUGCGAUGGAGAUUGGGCAAGCAACCUGAUCGUUCAGAUCUUUUAGAUUAUGCCAAAGAAAUGCCAUCUCCGAACGAUCAUGAUGAAACAGAGACGAUGAAGAAAACGAGUCACAAUCAAUUUAUUGAUGAUCUCAAAAAAGCAAUUCGUGCUUGUCGUGUUUUUGCUUUCUAUCCAUUGUAUUGGAUCUGCUACAAUCAGUUUGGAACCAAUUUAGUAUCACAAGCUGCACAAAUGAAUGUCGGUGAUUGUGGUUUCUUCUUUGUUUCGCUCGGCAUGGCAUGGUCAGCAAUUGUUCAACAUCGAAUCUAUUCUACUGAUCCGAAUUUCAACUAUGUGUCCAAGCCUGUUCAUGGUAGUCAAGAAUACAAUAAUAUUACUGUAGCUUGGCAAAUUCCUGCAUAUUUUUUCAUUGCCAUCUCCGAAAUCUUCGGUUCCAUUACUGGUCUUGAGUAUGCAUUUACUCAGGCACCACAUUCGAUGAAAUCCAUUGUUAUGUCACUUUUUCUAUUCACAUCAGCCAUCGGCAGUGCCAUAAAUAUGGCACUUGUACCAGUGUCAGAUGAUCCGAAAAUUCUGUGGAUGUACGUUGCACUGGCAAUUGAGGCAUUCAUCUUCGGUAUUGUGUUUUUCUUUGUCUUUCGAAACGAUCACAAGGUACACGUAAAAGAACCAUCCACGAAAUAA